UAUUAUAAUCAAAUGAUAGAAGUGCAUGACAUUAUUAGUGAAUUAAAAAUAUUUAAUCCUGUAUUAAAUAUGUACAAUGUACGUGGUAUUAGGCACCCGGAAUUUAUUUUACCUUGAGAUUAAUUAAUAGCUUUUAAGUGAUAAAAUUUUAUGUUUCAAUUAUAUACUUAAUAUAAUGUGUUUAAAUGAAAGAGUAGCGAUAACGACUUGCCAGUACUAAUUGAUCUAAUGGAAAAACAAUGCAUUCUUAGAGCCAUCGUUAGUAUUGAUUAAGACUUGAUUCUUAUAGAGCAAGUAGAUAAUUUAGUGUUAAAAAAAUAAUGGCUGCUCAAUAUAAAUUAUCCUCAUCGAUUCUUUCUGGUAAACCUGAUCCUGGAUCAUAUAGUUAUCGUUGCGUGCUUAAAUCUGGACAAGAUGUGCAUACAGAUCUUCUCAGAAUUGUUAGUCAGAUUGAUUCAACAGACGCAUUAAACAAUAAUUAUGAAGCCAAGGUUUGUAAAGAAGAGAUGAAAUUUCCUUAUCUUCAAUCUAUUAAUAACGAUGGAACCAAAAAAAUUAUAACGCCUCAAGAAUUAUUGACUAUGAAGUUACUUGUCGAAAAAAAUGAAAAUCUCCCGUAUCAAUAUGAACUUGUCAGUACAAAUUCAUUUAAAAAAAUAAUUUCACAUCCGCAAUUGAAGCAAUACUUAUUACUCAAUAAUCCAAAGAAGUAUAUAACCAACGUUAAUCGAUUUCCACUAGCUUAUUCAACUUACUUUUCUGCUGAAUAAAAAAACAAGAGGAGAAAUUUUUGAGGUCUCUGUAAACGUUCAUAUAUUUAUAUAUAGCAAUAUUUUUAAAGUAAAAUUAAAUACAAUUAUAAAUUUCA